GAAUAUCAAUAUAACAAAAAGAAGAAAAUAAUCUUGAAAAUGAAAAUCGCUUUGUGCACCUUGUGUUUGAUGGCUGUUUUGGUUGCUGUUUCCGCUGAUGCUGAUUCAGCCCAUUUCAUACCCAAGGCUUUCUACACCUUGGACUCUGAGGGCCACAAAUCCGAUGUACAUCCCAUUAAUCCUCAUACUGCUCAUUACUUGAGACGUUUGCGUAGACAAACCGUCUCAUCAUCUUCCUCCUCAUCGUCCGUAUCGUCUUCGUCCGAUGGAGGUCCAGCUUUUUUCAGCGCUCAAACUAUAAAUGCCCAUAGCGAUGAUUUAGUUGGCAAUGUUGGUCAUGUUGUCCAUACCGAGGGCGUACUCGACACUAAUGGCCAGCUCCAUAUCAACACUCAACAUGGUCACUUCUAAUUGAAUGCGAGUGCUCAAUUUGAAUCAAAAAAUUUUUUUCAAAUUUAUUUUCUAGUAUUUUUCUGUAUGAUGACUUUGUAUGAAAUUUAUACCUCAUCUAUGUAUACUGAACUUUAUGUUUAAUGUUCAAUUUUUUCGAAAUUUUUAUUUGCAAAUAUAUAUGUAAAAUAUUUACCAUAGCAUAUAA